UCUCACUCUCUAUUUCAACUUUGAUUGCUUUCUAUUUAUUCUCUUCCCUUAAUCUUUUAUCUAUCUAUUGAUUUAUUUAUUUAUUUUCAUUUCACUUUGGUCUCUUUAUGGAAGACGACGGCCAUAAUCAUGGCUUCAGUUUAGGCUCUGUGUCGGCUCCUUCCCCAUCUGUAGUUUCUCUGGCGGCAUUUUCUGCAAUUCCGUUCCCUUUCCCUUGCCGCCUCUCAAGCCAUUUCACCCGCCCGAGCCCCCCGGUUUCCGCGGUUCGUAAGUUGGCUUGGGUGUCCUUGGAAGGACGACUCGUUAAUGCAGAAGAAGCCAGCUCGUCUAAAACUAUAAAGGGAUGGUUGAGCCGAGAGGAAGCCGCGGCUUGGGAGAUGUUUACCCCCAUUCAGAGGUUCUUGAUAGUUGCCGUGAUCGGCGUCGCCGUCGCUGAGUCGAAGAAGAAUUGGGUCAUUUCGCAACUCAAAAAAUCUGUUGAACUUAGGGAUGAAGUGCUUUUGAGCAUGCAGCAGAAGCUUGACAGUCUCUGUGAACAGUUGUAUUUUGCCAAGGACAAGAAGGAAAUAAAGGCCAAUAUACCAUUAAAAGGGAAAGAAGAGUCAGCAUUUGGCGAAACGUUUGGCGAUGAGAAAAUCAGUUUUGUUGAGUGUGGCUGUUGGCUUUGUGAUCAACAUCAUCAUCUCUUUAAUGGGUUGAUGGCUAGAUCUGCUGUGAAAGCUUCCCGCAGGGAUGAGAAUGAGAUGCUGCAGUUCAAAAUGAAUCAUGUGAAUGAGGUGGAACCGGAGGAGCGCCGCAUGUCUGACUUGUCAGAUUGGGCUUCAAGUGUCACAUCUAGUGUAGAAGUUCAGAUGAACAACUUUGCAUUGGAACAAGAUAUCAGCAAUCUAAGGAAGGAGUGUGAAGACAAGGAUUCCAGCAUAAGGGAGCUAACUGCUUUUCUCCAGUCAUCAAACACUAACGGUUCAAAGAGGAUCUCAGAUCUGGAAGACAUCAUAAGGAGGAAGAGCAUGAUAAUUACAAGACUGAAGAAAGACAUGGUGGUUUUAGAACAAAAGCUGGUGCAGUUGACAAGGCUUCAGAGACCUUCCACUGCAUCAGCCACAAACAGUUGGCAAGUUCCAAUUAUGGCAGAUAACCUGCUUUAUGAUAUGGAUAGUACUACAAGCCCUUCUUCUUCCGAUUCCGAUUCUUCCCCUGUGAAUCGACCAGAAAUUACUGUUCUGAAAGCUGUUGGUGCACCUGUUUUGAAUGGUGACUCUGCUUCACCAAGUGAACAGAAGUCAGCUCCAGUCAAAUUCUCUAGUUUAUUGGCGAAGCCUACUGACUUGCGUAUAACCUCUUGUCAAAGUAGUCCUCUGACUGAAAUAUCAAUAAAUCAAAAUUCCAAUACAAUAUCUUCAUCGAGGCAAAACCAACUGUCAACAAGAGGAGAUCUCAAGAAGAGUAGGAGGCGGCCUCAAACUGCGUCAAAGGGUGCAGCUCCACAGAGAAGAUGGAUUUAGUUAAUGCAGUAAAUCUACAUGUGGAAGAUUUGAGAUGCAAAAUAUUUUUACAAUUUGAAGAUGUAAGGCCUCCCAGUGUAAUAGCUGUGGAGAUAGUUAAGAUUCAAAAUGUCUGGUACAAACCAAUAGGUGCAGAGCAGCUCUGCUAUUAUAUUACAUUGUUGUUGUAUUCAUUGUUCUUGUUAGAUUCAGAGCAAUUCUACAGCUGCAAGACAGCACAUUAGACAUAGAUACAGAGGAUCUUCCACCAUUUCCCUUUAUAGAUUAAUAGAGAUCAUUAUUUACCUUA